AUGGAUUGUCUUAACGUUGUUAUUCCUCGUCAAAAUUGUGCUAUCAGUCCUUAUGGCGAGUGUGUAAACUCUUAUGUGGCAUCAAAUAUUGGAGGAUAUCCUAUGGAUACCUUUACAUAUUGUUCACCAGAUGAUACAAUGUGUUCAGCUUGUCGAGCCAAUUGGACCAAUGGUUAUAUGGAUGGACAACACGUAUCUCAGACUGCCAUGUGUGUGGGAGACUCAGGAUGCAUCUGCCUCUCUGCGUGUGAAAUGCCAAACCGUGACGACAUUAUCUUGAACAGUUGGUGCAAACCAGUGCUUGAUGGCUCAAAUUUUCAACUAGCGGCAGGACUCAUUGCUGGAACGAUCGCACUCUUUGUAAUUGCGCCAAUUCUGACUCAACGACAACUUGUUCGACAUCAAAGACAAGAUGUUGGAAGUCGGGAGGCACGAAGAGCAGUUCGUGCAGCUCUACAUGAAUUGCGACGUCCUGCAGCUAUGGCUCAUUUGCCGCGGUUGAAUUUAUUGGGUUGGGUAGGAAUGCGCGAGAAGUUGAUUUCUAGUGAGCAAAAUCGAUUACCGGGCAACAGUGGACCGAUGCGACCAGUGCUUGCAAGGUUAAGCACGACGCCUUCUGCUGCUGAUGCUGAACAAGGUGACCAAUAUCUCAUUAUGUCUCCAAGUGAGAAUCAAACUCAUCGCGAGUUAUGA